CAAAUGGGAGGAGGGCCUAGUAAAGGAAAUAAAAUAAAAAGAUCGACUUUGAAAAAUUACAUGAAAAGCAAAGAUGAGAAAAUGGACCCAGAGGUGUUCUCAGCAAUCGCCAAUAGGUUUAUGAUCAUACUUCAAGCUAAAGAAGGCAGGAAGAUUGAUUCAAAAGUUGCUCUUCGGACAUCAAAAAUCCCAUUGGCGAGUAUCAGUCAGAUCCCUGAAUUACAACUCAACCCUUUGUUGGGAAGACUCCUAGAGACUGCUAGAGAGGAUAUCGAUGAAGACGAGAUUGAUUUUGAAUAUUUUGUUAAAAUUUUAAAGGUGCUCUCACCAGACACAGACCCAACUAUUAAGAAAAGACUCCUGUUUAGAAUGAUAGAUAUCACAGGAGAUGAGAUAAUAACUCGUAGAGAAUUUGUCCUGUUCUUUAUCAAUGUUUUCUGCUCGAGAAGUCAUUUCAAUGAGGAUGAAAACGAAGGCGUUUCAAGGCAGUUCCUUAUUGGAGGGAGGCAAAUUAAUGAAUGAUACAGAAACAUAGACAACAUUCUCUCAGGAGUCUCUGGAAUAACUUCAAAUGAACCAGAGUCUGCUCGCUCGAAGCCUCAGAUGGAUAAAUAACAUCAACGAACCCAACAGACAGAUCAAUAUCGGACCUAGUGGAGAGACCAAUGCAGAUCAGCAGCUUAAAUUUGAAGACUUUGAGAAACUUGUCACUGAUGAAGACGCUUUCCAAUAUCUCACAAUAUAUUUCUACUAA